AUGGAAGCUAUUGAUAAUUGGUUCCUGUCCUUAUCCCAGAGUCUUUUCGAGUAUUUAAUAGCCGUGAGAUACAAGGGGGAACUAUAUCUUCUUGUAGAGGCGCGCUCCAGCGCUACUACUAUCCGAAAUUCUCAAAAAAUACGUUCUCAUAUCGCGCGACUACAACAUGAGAGAAUGAUAAUUACAAUUUUUUUUUUUUCAUCGGCUCAUGUCUUUUCAUGCAAAAUUGUGGCGAUUGCAACUCAAUUAUUGUAUGUUCCAAUCCCGAAACGCGAACAAAUGACAAAAGAUAAGGUCAAUGGAAAACACUUUUCGGGACAGUACCGUUUUAUGAAAAUAACUAAAUGGAUGAGUGGGUUGUUGUUGUUCCUGAUUUGUUGCAAUAAAGAAGCAAAUUUGAACAGUGAUUACGAACUACUUGGCUUUUGUAUUUGUAUUAUGGUGAUGAAAAACUGUAACGUCGAUAGUGUUGUAUGGGAUUCUCAUUCUAGCAUAACUUUAUGGCCAUUUUCUUCAAGUCUUUACUUGUGCUCCGUGAAUGAGAAAGCGCCCUCGAAGCUCUAUUGCUCGAACAGCAAUAAUUGGCUUCGUUCUCACCUAGUUAUGCUGAGGAAGAAGUCAAGUUUCUGUACCAAAAGAAAUGGGCAUAAAACUCAAACUAUGAGCAAAAAAAUAAGAAGUAAUCACUUUGCUUCCCUUACAGAAGCUGUCAUUCCAGCAUCAGAUUCAACAACUGAAAACAAUAAUAGCACCUCUUUUAUCUCUUUUGAUUCUGAUCAAACCUAUGCAGAAGUAUUAAUUUACAAUGAAGACUCAGCAGAAAGAUCAUCGUACGCUUGGAUCCAACAUUUAGCUGAAAAAAUCUCUAUAAAAGUAAACAGUAGAGCACUUUAUCCAGUCUUUGCAAAAAUUUUAUACCGUUUACAGAAGCCAGAAAACACAUUGCGAACUGCAUACAAAUCUCGACCUAAAGCGACAAAUGAUUACUAUUUAAAGAAUGAUGAAAGAGCAAAAACUACAUUCAACCUUGGGGCAACUGAUUUUUCUCUGUGCCUUGUCACCCCAGAUAUGUUACAUACACCAGAAAAGUGGCGAACAAUAUAAUAGUUAGCACAAAAACCAGC